AUGUGUUUGGCGUGAUUGAAGUUGGAAUUUCGGAUCAAUUAUGAUCCGCAUUGGCUGUUUAAGCUUCUGUAUUCCUCUGGAUUUCUAUUCUGUGAAAUAAUCAUUGCUGUAAACUUGUUUAUUCUUCUGGAUUUGUCUUUCUAUUGAUACUCGUUCGUCUGCCUCUCUGCAUCAGUCGCCGCCGAGAUUAGGCCUUCUCUGUUUCCUAUCAAUUGAGUUAUUUUAGUUGAUUAUUGUAGACAAUUAAAUUCAAUCUUCUCUGUGAUCGCCUUGAUUAACUUAUUUCAAUUUGUGUAUAUGCUGCAAUUUUACAUGUUAAUGUAGAAGCAGCUCUGUUUCAAUCUGCAAUUGAAUACACUGCAAUUUUAGUUGAUUAUUGUAGACAAUUAAAUUCAAUCUUCUCUGUGAUCGCAUUGAUUAACUUAUUUCGAUUUGUGUAUAGCAUCAGCUGCAAUUUACGUGUUUAUGUAGAAGCAGCUCUGUUUCAAUCUGCGAUUGAAUACACUGCGAAAACACUCUCUUUCUCUUACUGAUUGUGUGUUGGGAUAUAGGAACUCUUUCUUAGGGCAUUCCUGUUUGGUUUAAGCAUGAACGCAAUAUGUGUAUUUGAUUAAAUCAAUCUUGUUCAGAUCAAAAGUGUAAGCAUCAUGGAUCUUGAUCCGUUGGCUGGCCCUGCCAAGGUGCCAAGGAAGGUGAAAUAUAAGCCAAAAGCUCCUGUCAAGAAAGUAAAGAAAGAAGUCCUUCCUAAAGUUGAGAAUGAAGAAGAUGGCAUUGAUGAGGCUAAGGCAGAGUAUCUUCUGCGCCGCCUUCAUGAAACAUCUUCAGGUAGGCCGAAGCCUGAAAAGAAAGCUCAACUUGCCCAAGUUGCAUUCGGUGUUGGAGAAGCAUCUACCUUCAAGUCAUAUCAUCCUUCCAAUGGCACAUCCUCUGAUGGGAUUCCCAAAGUGGGGAAAGAAUAUAAAGAACCGUGGAAUUACUACUCGAAUUAUCCAGUAACACUUCCCAUUAGAAGACCUUAUGCAGGAAAUCCAGAAAUUCUUGAUAAAGAAGAAUUUGAUGGAGAUGAAGGGACACCCGUACCUGAAGAAAAUGCAAGAAAUGCAGCUCAAGAACUCGGCCUUUUGGAUAAAAGUCCGGAGAAUAAUAUGUUCUUCCUUCAGCUACCAAAGAUGUUGCCCGGGAUAGCACAGUUAGCUGAUCCAGAAGCCCCAGAAUCUCAAAACCUCACCACUUUGGAUUCACUGCCACAAGGAUUGAUUGGGAAAAUGUUGGUUUAUAAGAGUGGUGCUGUGAAGAUGAAGAUUGGAAAUGCAAUAUACAAUGUAACUGCAGGGAUGAAGUGCAUGUUCUCGCAAGAUGUUGUCGCCAUCACUGCAGAGAAGAAACUCUGUUGCAACUUGGGAGAGUUGAACAAGCGCGCAGUCGCAACCCUGGACGUUGACAGCAUGCUGCAAGGUAUGACUGAUUUAUGAUGAUUCUUUUGUUCAUCAACUUACGAAAUUUUUUGCUUGCAAGUUCCGGAAUCAAUAAUCAUUGAGCACUAUAUUUAAAAGAGAAGUUUUGAAAUAUUACCUUUACUUUUGUACUGUUACACAAUGAUAUUCUCAUUGUGUUUAACAUAUUGGGAUAUUGUUUUUUAUUGACAGAUAUUCAUUUUAUCA